AUGACAGAACCAGCCGAAUCAUCAAAGUGGACGAGAGCACGCGGUCCCAAAGUCAGAUCUGGCUGCACUACUUGCAAGUUUGUAGCCCUUCAAGGUCUCUUUGAUAAGCGGACAUGCGAUGGUUACGAAGCGCCAAAACGCUAUAAGCCAAGGAAGAAGAAGAAACACCAAGAUGAUGCACCUGUAGUCCGCCAAACACAAACUUCUUCGAGACUGCUCGUCCCAGCAGGAUCACCAGGAACAUUUGGACCACCGAUAGAGCUUGAUCUCUUCCAUCAUUUUCGGACAUGCACCAUUGCCGAGCUGACAAGCUCCUUGAAUGCGACAAGUAUCUGGCACACCUAUGUGUUGCCGCUCAGCCAUGAAUUUGAAUCUAUCAAAUCAGCAAUUGGCGCAUUGGGCGGAGCUCACAAAGCAUUCAAACUCCAGACGCAGACCGACUCUUUGACACAGUCUCUUGCACAGUCUUACGAGCUGGCAUCAAUCAAACAGUACAACAACGCCAUUCAGAUCAUGAAGCAGUACAUGGAGUCACCAGAAAGGAACCUCCAGGUGGUUUUGACAUGUUGUCUAAUAUUCAUCUGUAUCGAGAGCUUGUAUGGCCGGUACAUGAAUGUGACUCGGCAUCUCGAGGCUGCAUUUUCUUUGUUGAAUCACGAUCACAUUUCCAACUACGGCGCCGGGACCGGAACGCUGAGCGCUCAGAAAGAUUUAGAAAAGUUCAUGGAAAACAUCGGCCCCUCGCUUUGCGGUCUUACAUCCGAUCUCUUCUUCUUUAUGGGAGAUAGCCAAUCGUCAAAGCUUGUUUCCGAGCUACAGAAAUGGCUUCAUCGACAAGACCCAAUCUACCUGAAGGAGCCGGGGGCACCAUUCUUCUCUGUCCAGGCCGCAGCAUCGUGGCGGGAACAGAUGGAAACAAUGAACGAAGCGGCCAUGUAUACUGAGUGUCCCUUAUGCUCGAGUAUGGGCUAUCCAUGUGGCAAGGAUGCCACGGUUUGUAGCCGUUUCGAGCAUGGGUUAGACACCGCAUCAUUCUUAAGAUACUGGAGCGCACGUUACAGUGCUUCGAACCUCACCUUUGACCCCUCGAAAGCUUCAGCGUCGGACUUAUCUCGUUUCAAGGUGCUUGAGCUGGAAGAGACAACUUGGCGUGCUAGGUUCAAGCUGAACUCAAUAAAGGGCGAUCUUGAGGCACCAGACUGUAUGGAAAUUUUAAAGAAGGCCGAGUCAAUCAUUGAGCUUUCAAAAGGAGAAACAGGUCACAUUUUCAACUUCCAGGCGAAUCUGAUACCACCCAUCGCCUACGUUAUUAUAUCGUGCCAGGACGAGAAAAUACAGUGGGAAGGCGUGCGGCUUCUUCGAUCUCUUGGCAGGCGAGAGGGAGUUUGGGAUAGUAAGAAGGUCGCGGAAAUCUAUGCAAACAUGAUAACUGCUAAGGCGAACAAGUUACUGUCUUGGGAUGAUAUUCCCCCUGACGUCCCUCAGUUGACUGAACUUCUCAGUUCGCUUAAGCUGGUAACAUUGCCAGAAAGUCAACAGUAG